AUGGAUGCCCCUGCUGCAAGUGAUGAUGAGUUGAUGCCGUGCCCUAAACGCCGGUGCUCAGACGAGGCUCAAGGUGAGAGGCUUUUCUGGAGCCACGUCUUUGACACUGAAUGUGCAGGUGACCUGGUGGCGACCCUUGCCCACUCGACGGUGGAGUGGGUUCGCCAGUUUCAUGCUGAUUUGCUUCAGGGCCGUGCGAUUGCUCUGUAUGGGGUGUCCUCUUCAGGUAAGCUGGUGCACUUGGCCAUGCAUGUCCCAACCGGGAGUCGUAUCCGGCUAGCAGUGUGGGGCGCCAUGCCCUUAGGCGCCCAGGCUGGCCUACCUGAGGCCAGGCUUGCAGCAGAACUGUGUGGGGCUAUCACGGCCGAUGCCCGCCUCCAUGUGCUUGCCCUGCAGGGCGAAUGGCUUGCUGAUGAUCAGAUGGCGCACGGCCUUCUCGGCAUCGCUCUCUCUGAAGGCCGGUGCUUCAGGGUACUUGACCCCCUUGACCUCUCGGACUCUAUUCGACUGGGCCGCCCUGCGGGAAUCAUUGCUGAUCUGACCCAGAGUUGGGCCUCCGGAGCCCUGCUGUCUGCUCUCGCGAUCGAUGGCCACUGGGUCACCUUCUGUUGGACCCUGAGCCGGCACCAAGUUGUGGCUUGGACGAGUGUGCCUAUGCAUGUUGCGACUGGGCCCCUGGCCGAAGGGAUUGCGGCUGCCAAUUGGAUCGUGGCUAAGGCUCUAGGCAGGUGUGUCGCCGAAUUUGUCUGCCGAGGUGGCCCCACAAGGCAUGUUGUGCCCGGCAUGUGUGGCCCCAUGGCCUUGCUUGAUCUCCACCACCAUGUGACCCAAACCUUUCCGAAUCCUGAGGCUGAUCGCACCAUUGUUGCCGCCUUUGCUCGGGCCUUUCAGUGUGAGAUUGGAUCCUCCUAUUGGGUCCGGCAGCUAUUCAACGGGUCGGCCGAGGCCCUCUCCAAGCUGCCCUCCAAGGGGCCAACCAGCCUUAUCGAUGCGAGGGCUGCCUUCGGUGAAGACCCGGUCUCGGUUGCUGCCGGAGUCUUCGCCCAAGACGGCCAGCCGCUCUCGCAGAUCACUACGGCGGACAUCGAUUUCGCCCUGCUGGAUGUAGAGAAUGGCCUGUGGGGGCUGGUCAUGGGCAAGCACAGCCCACCAAAGGCCCGUGCCCGACGGUCUGGGUAUGGGCUGCAAAGGGCGAGCCUCCCACUUCCAGUCUUUGAAGGCCUUGACAAUGGUGGCUCGCUGAGUGCCAUAGGGCCACGGCCCUGCAUGGAAGGUUUUGGCCCCCUCCGUGGCCAUGUACGGAGUGGCAGGCCGAAGGAUGGCAUGCAGUGCCUCAGUUUUGUCCUUGGCACAUCGGACACCGAACCUGGUCCCAACCCUAGCCAGGCCAACAACAUCAUCGUGGGUCUGCUUGAAGACCAGGGCAUCAUGAAAGGUGGCCUUGGGCAUCCAGAACACAUUGAAGUCGCCAAUGACCCGUGGGCCGCAGCAUUGUCUACCAAGUCGGUGCGGGCAGGGCCAGCUGUUGCCCCAGUCGUUGAGAUCAAAAAACUCGAGGAAAAGCUGCAGGCCCAAAUCACGGCGCAGAUCACCUCCCAAGUGGCAGCGGCCAAUACCACCAUGGCCACCCGGGUUUCAGCUCUGGAGACCUCAGUUGCAGAGGUUAACACACGUGUGCAAGGCCAGGAGAGCCGGCUCCGUGAAGCCUUCCAGCAGUUGUUUGAGGAGCAAACCGCGCGAAUUGAGCAGCUUCUGGCGCCCAAGCGGCCACGAGUGAACGAUUCCAGUUCCUUUAUGGUUUUUCGUGCAGACCCUUCCCUGUUGGGAGUGUACGUUCAGGCCUUGGAAGGGUCACCAGGCAUUCGGCUGGUUCUUUUGGCGCUUUUGCCCCUUGUGGCCGUGCGAAGCCUACCAUAUGGGGAUGGUGCUCUUUCCGGGGGUUGUGGAUUUGCUGCAUCACGUUCCUUUUCUGACCAGUGCCUGGUCAUCAUGAGCUGUCUCAAGGGGAGAGCCUGCAAUGCCAGCCACCUUGGACUUUUGGCUCUUUUAGCUUCUUUUCGCUUUGGGGAAGCCUCUCACCCCGGCCCUGGCCCAAGCCGUGCCCCGGACGAGGCUGAUGAUUGUUUUGUUUUGGGUGCCUUCAAUCCCACAGGAUUGAACGGCAAGCAUGGGAUUGUUUCGGAACUCCCGAGGGGUAUCCAUGCAGUUUCGGAGUCCCACCUUACUGCCAGAGGCCUGGGCCUAUUUCGCAAUGGCCUCCACCACGCCGGGAACUUCUUUCGCUACCUCCCUGGGCCGCCUGCCCCGUGCCGUGCCCGAAGUGCUGUCACUGGUGACUACACAGGUGUGGGCUUUCUUUCCUCGGUGCCCUGCCAGGUUGCCUCUUUUCUGGUAGGCGCCGUCUGGAUUCUUGGGGCCGUUGCCUGUGGCUUCCCUACCUCGCCAAGUGCUACUGCGAGCCUCCUUGAUGCCAUCACCGACCGGGUUGCCCGGCAAGGCAGUGGGCCACGAUUUAUUGCAGGGGACUUCAACCUUCAGCCGCACUCCUUGCACCACGCCCAGCAAUGGGCUGACUCCGGCUUUGUCGAGAUCCAGGACCUUUGGCACCAACAGACCGGCGCCCUUCCCCAGGUCACUUGCAAAAAUGCCACCCGCAAGGAUUACCUUUACAUUUCGGCGGAGUUGCAACCUCUGCUUCGGUCGGUGACAGUUGACCCUACCUGGUUCUGCGAUCACUCUGCCUUGUUUGCCUCAUUUGCUGUGCCGGGCUUGAACGCCCCUCAGCCUGUGUGGCGAAUGCCUAGACAACGACUACUGGGUGCCGAAGUUGUUAAAGCUUUCCAGGAGUCGGGAGAUGCACACCCUCCUCCCCCGACUGACCCGGAGCAAGCCUAUCGGGACGUGUGGAAGGAGUUUGAAUCUCGAGCCUCCCAGGCCCUGCGCAGUUGUGGCCAGUCGGCCUUGUUGCCUUCGGAAUGUGGCCGUGCCACCACCAAGGAGGUGCAUGUUGUCAAGGCUUUUCAAGGCCAGGUUGCGGUAGGUCGCCAAGGUGAGGCUUCACCCUCUUUCUUCGGUUCGGACCGCCAAUAUUGCCAGUGGUUCCGGCAGCUUCGGCGGUUGCAGGCCCUUGCUCAAUCUACCCGCCGGGCCACAUGCUCCGACUCGGCUGCCCUCUACCGGGCUGGGCUGUGGCAUGCCAUCCAGCGUGCCCCUGGCUUCAAACCAUCCUUCUCCGCCUGGUGGCCCAAGCGCGAGAUUCAGCUGCCGGGUGAUCCGAAUCAUUUGGAGGCUACUCUGCCUGAGCCUGCGGUGGCACAGCUCAUCUUCCUGUCCUUCCAGGCCAAUGUCAAAAGCUUGGAAAAGCGCCUCACCACCCGGCGAAGGGCGCAGGCCAAGCAGCGGAGGAUCCUUUCCCCGGCCUUGAUCUUUCGGGACCUUCAGCAGUCUAUGGCACAGCCGGUAGAUACCAUUGUGCAAAGUGUCAAGGCUACGGUCCUUGAGGUUCGGGCGGAGGAGGAAGCCUUGGUCUUUUCGGCGAGCCCCCUGUGGCGUGCCGGGGAAGGUUUCUUUCUCAAUGGACAGCCCUUCGAGGUUUAUGCUGCCCAAGCAGACGCCAUCUGGUGUGAUACCGAGGGUGUGAGUGUCGGCGAUGUUGUCUCGCAACAAAAGUGCAUUGCUGACCUACUUGGUCUCUUUUCGGCCUUUGGCGAUGAAUGGCUCCGGCGAUGGAUGCGGCACAAGACCAUUGAACCGGGUCGAUGGGCUGCCAUCCUGGAGGCCUUCCCGGAAAGUGGGUGGAUGGCCGCGGUUAGGAGCAAGCAUGCUCGCUCGGCCACUGGCCUUGAUGGUGUUUCACGGGCCGACCUCCUUGCCUUACCGGGGGCUCUCACGGCCCAGCUGCUUGACCUCUCUCGGCUUGAGCUGCAGCUCUCGAUUGAGCGGGCCCAUAUAAAAGGUAAGCCACUCGUGGGUGCAUUGCUGGACUUGAGCAAGGCCUUCAACAGCUUGCCAAGGGCACCUGUCUUUGCCCUUGCUCUGCGUUUGGGGCUCCCCCGUGAAUUGGUUACGGCCUGGAGCAGUGCUGUUGCUAAGUUGGCGAGGAGAUUUCAGAUCCGAGGGGCUACCGGGCCCGUGUUGCCCAGCUGCUCCGGGUUCCCGGAGGGAUGUGCACUGUCGUGUGUGGCCAUGGCAAUCGUGGACUUUGCCCUUCACUUGUUUGUGGGCAAGCGAGCAGACCCUGAGGUCCUUUCUACUUUUGUGGAUGACUGGCAGCUGAUCGGCCACGAUAGGGCGAUUGUGGGCCGUGCCUUGCAGGCGGUUGAGGACUUUGUAAGUGGUUGGGACCCUGCAAUGGACCCGGCGAAGACCAUCCAAUGGGCCACCCAUCCGGCUCAGCGACGUGAGCUCCGCCGCGCGGGGGUUGCAGUGGCCCUUUCCUGCCGCAAUCUUGGAGGUUACAUGGUCUUUACUCGGCAACGUUCCUCAUCUACUCUGAUGCAGAGGAUACAGUCCCUUGAUGGACUUUGGCCCAAACUCUCUGCCUCCUUAGCGCCAUUGACUCAGAAGGUCAAGGCUCUGAUGCAGGACGCCUGGCCCAGAGCUCUUCACGGCGUCUCGACCGUUACACUCAGUGACUCGACUUUUGCGAGCCUGCGUGCUGGGGCUGCCAGGGGUUUAAGCCUAAGUAGGCCCGGCCUUAAUCCCAAGGUUCUCCUUAGCCUAGUGUGCCACCCGCUUGCCGACCCGCAGUUCUUUGCCAUUGCCAGCACUUUCCGGGACCUCCGCGCGUAUGCCACCCCGGAGGCACUGAUCCCGAUGAUCCAGCAACUUCUUUCUACCCCAGGCCGGUGGACGCAGGGCCCGGCACAGGCCUUCAUUGACCGAUGCCACUCCAUUGGAAUGAGUUGGGAUGUCGAGUGUGGCUGCCUACGCGACUCGAUUUCUUCUUUUGACCUUUGGCAAACCUCCCCUCAAGAAGUCGGCCUGCGUUUGAUGUAUGCGUGGCAAACCAGAGUGGGCCAGGAACUUGAAGCCAGGCCGGGCUUCCAAGGCCUCUCUCGGGUUGACCCGGGCCUCACCUCUUCCUUCAAGACUGGCAAGGCGGAGCAUGAACGUUUGGAACUGCUGUUAGUCCAAUCGGGUGCCUUUUUUACCCAGGAUGCCCUGCACCAUUUUAGUGCCGACCCUGCUGACAGUGCGGCCUGCAAGUACUGUGGUUCUAGGGAUAGUCUUCACCAUAGGUUGUGGGAGUGUUCUGGGUUUUCUGAGUGUAGGGACGAGCGCAAGGGGUGGAUGCUGCCUGACCCGGCUACAGCGAUGCCGUGCCUCGCCCUCCAUGGCUGGGCCCUUCGACGUGAAAGGCAGCUACAACUUUGGCAGAACUUACAUGUCAUACCGGACCGGGUCGCUGCCGUGGACUGGCCGGCUAUUCUGCCUGAGACGCUUGACCUUUUUACCGACGGAUCCUGCCUUUUGCCGACCCUGCCUCAGGUUCGCCUCGCGGCGUGGGCAGUUACAUUGGCGCGGGAUGAUGGUGAGACGCCCUGGGUGCUCUGCUCGGGACCUUUGCAAGGGAUCCUGCAAACGGCGUUCCGACCCAAAAUCAAGGCCGUCGUGGCGGCAUUGGGUGUUGCCCUCAGGGCCAGGCGGGCGGUUCGUGUAUGGUCUGACUGUGCUGGGGUUGUUCGGCGAGUACGGGCAGCCAAGACGGGCGACUUAAGCCCUCUGUGGUCUGAAGUCGUGGCCCUUGUGGAGCGAAUUCAGACCCCAUGGUCUAUCCAUAAGGUGGCGGCCCAUGAGGACCUGAGCUCCUCGGACUCGCCUUUUCAGGAUUGGUUGAUCGCCAACAAUGCGGCGGUGGACCGCGCAGCCCAUCGGGCCAACAUGGACCGGUCUUCUGCUUUCUGGCAACUGUGGGAAGCCGUCAGACGGGACCUGGCCUUGCAGAUGGCACAUGGUCGCGCGAUGACUGAGCUACAGGUGGCGGUGGCUGAACGUGCCAUCAAAGGAAAAGACCUCGUGCCUGCCGAGGACUCCCAUGUGCCGGUUGGACAGCUGCCGAUUUGGGGCAGUGAUCUGACGAACCUGCCUCGACACCUGCUCAAAUUUGGGCGGGACUACGUGGACACCCUGGUCCCUUGGCUGCGUGACGUUUUGCACGAUACCACCAACAAGGCCCAGUGGGUUUCCUUUGCCCAGCUCUACCUGGUGUUCUAUAUCUGCACUGGCCUCGCGCCGCCGGUGUAUGUUGACCGUGCACGUGGCUGGACUACGUACAGCGAGGAUGAUCCUUUGACUGCGAGAUUUUCUAUGUCUGAUCGUGCCAGGUUUUUCAGGCAGCAUGUGCGGGCGGUGGUAGCUGCGACCUCCGGCAGAUUGUACACUGGGGAAGUGCGGCCAUUCUCGGCUGCUCUGGCUAUAAAACUUCCGAGCUGCUUUGUUUCGAUCGAGGCCACUUUGCUGGACAGAGUUGAAAGUUUCUUACAUGAUGCUCUGCCAAAUGGAGUUUGCGCCCAGCGAGGGCGUGAGUGGAUCUCGAUAGGACUCCCUCGGUCCGCCUAG